CAUUAACACCAUCAAUGAAUGGCUUGAUCUUCAUUCUCAUCUCCAGAUGACUUGUGCUGUUGUUCAUAAGGAUGUCGUCUGUUACUGAAAAUGGAGAUGUUACUGCUGGAAAGCCAAAUGAAGAGAAAACCUAUAAAAAGACUGCAUCCUCAGCUAUUAAAGGUGCUAUUCAGCUGGGAAUAGGCUACACAGUAGGAAGCCUUACAUCAAAACCAGACAGAGAUGUUCUUAUGCAGGACUUCUAUGUAGUGGAAAGUGUCUUCCUACCAAGUGAAGGGAGCAAUCUCACCCCUGCUCAUCAUUACCCUGACUUCAGAUUUAAGACGUAUGCACCUCUUGCCUUCCGCUAUUUCAGAGAACUUUUUGGUAUCAAGCCUGAUGAUUACUUGUACUCAAUCUGCAAUGAGCCUUUAAUUGAAUUAUCCAACCCAGGUGCCAGUGGGUCCUUAUUUUUUGUAACUAGUGAUGACGAGUUUAUCAUCAAAACAGUUCAACACAAAGAGGCUGAGUUUCUUCAGAAGCUCUUGCCAGGUUAUUAUAUGAAUCUGAACCAGAAUCCAAGAACUCUUCUACCCAAGUUUUAUGGGCUGUACUGUGUUCAGUCAGGAGGCAUUAAUAUUAGAAUUGUUGUAAUGAACAAUAUUUUGCCACGAGCCUUGAAAAUGCAUUUCACAUAUGACUUGAAAGGCUCCACAUACAAACGGAGAGCAUCAAGAAAAGAGAGGGAGAAGUCCAACCCUACAUUCAAAGACUUGGAUUUCUUGCAAGACAUGCAUGAAGGGUUGUAUUUUGACUCUGAAACACACAGCGCACUAAUGAAAACACUACAGCGCGAUUGCCGAGUUCUAGAAAGUUUUAAGAUCAUGGAUUACAGUCUGCUGCUGGGAAUCCACAUACUGAACAGUAACAUGAAGGAAAAAGAGGGAGAGUGUUCACAGAGCGCAUUGGAUGCGAAACGUCCUGGAGGGCAGAAAGUUCUCUAUUCCACCGCCAUGGAGUCUAUACAGGGCCCUGGGAAGUCAGGGGAUUCUGUCACCACAGAGACAACAAACACAAUGGGAGGUAUUCCAGCUAAAAGCCAUAAAGGAGAAAAGCUGCUUCUAUUUAUGGGUAUUAUUGAUAUUCUCCAGUCUUAUAGGUUAAUGAAGAAGCUGGAACAUUCUUGGAAAGCUCUUGUUUAUGAUGGGGACACUGUUUCAGUUCACCGACCAAGUUUUUAUGCAGACAGAUUUUUAAAGUUUAUGAGUACAAGAGUUUUCAGGAAAGUUCAAGCUUUAAAGUCUUCACCUUCAAAGAAACGGUGCAAUUCCAUCACAGCCCUAAAGGCAACAUCACAAGAAAUAGUGUGUGUGGUUAGCCAGGAGUGGAAGGAUGAAAAGCAUGGUGUUCUUGCUGAAGGACAGAGCUAUGCCAGCCUUGAUGAAGAAGUACUAGGUUCGCACCACCAGCCGGAUCUAGUGCCGAGCAUUCCAUCUCUGUUUGAAGCGGCUUCCUUGGCAACCACAAUUUCUUCUUCUUCCUUGAAUGCAGAUGAGCAUUAUCAACGUGAUCAACCUAUGCUCUGUUCCAGCAGUAAAGGGUUGCCUUCAAGUUCAACAUUCACUUUAGAAGACAGUGCCAUCUAUUUGACUUCAGAACAGAGCACACUGGAAAUGGAAAAUGAUAAUGCUUCAGUUUUGGAUGUCUACUUAUAACAAAGAAUACAAGAAGAGUAAAACUAAGAGAAGUGAC